AAAAAUCAAAGUGAUUGGGUGGAGUCGACACGACCUACUUACUGUACAGUCAUAGACUCCAGUGGACUAACUACUCAUUAGUUUAGCAUUUUGCGCUUCGCCCUGUCUGGUUUGGACUAUCGAAGGAAUCCCUGAAAAAUAGUGUUCGGAAUGAAAACGACAGAAAACUAGUUUUACACAUCUAUAUCUAUUAUUUUGGACACAUCAACGCCUUGCUACUUGUAACAACACAGCCGCAGCAUGGGGGCACCAGCGACAGCGUACGACGAGAAGAAGGAAACAUGCGGGACCGUCUGUCUGAAGUAUCUCCUAUUCACAUUCAACUUCCUCUUCUGGCUGGCGGGGGGCGUGGUGAUGGCAGUGGGUAUCUGGACGCUGGUGGAGAAGAGCGACUACAUCAGCCUGCUCUCCUCCGCGACCUACGCCGCCUCCGCCUAUAUCCUAAUCCUUGCCGGGGCCAUCGUCAUGGUGACUGGAGUGCUGGGCUGCUGCGCCACCUUCAAGGAGCAGAGGAGGCUGCUGAGAGUGUACUUUGUCUUGCUGCUGUGUAUCUUCCUGCUGGAGAUCCUCGCCGGUGUCCUGGCCUACAUCUAUUACCAGCAGCUCAAUGAGGAGCUGAAACAGAACCUGCGGGAGACCAUGGUGCAGAAGUACAGGCAGCCAGAGCAGGAGCAUGUCACCAAAGCAGUGGACAAGCUGCAGCAUGAGUUUAAGUGCUGUGGCAGCAACAGCUCAUCGGACUGGGGCGAGAGCGUGUGGAUCCGCACCAGUGAGGCAGAUGGCAGGCUGGUGCCGGAUAGCUGCUGUAAAACCCAGACUCUAAACUGCGGCCGCAGGGACCACCCAUCAAACAUCUACAAGGUGGAGGGGGGUUGUAUCACUAAACUGGAGAACUUCAUUUUGGACCACCUGAAGAUCAUUGGAGCAGUGGGCGUGGGCAUCGCCUGUGUACAGAUUGUGGGGAUGGUGUUUACUUGCUGUCUAUAUCGGAGUUUGAAGGCAGAGCCGUACUGAGAGUAGAACACGAAGAGAAGGAAUGGGGAGGGGUCUAGUCUCUGCCACCCAGUGUCAUCAUAUCCCAGCGACCCCGUUUAGUCAUGGGGUCUACCACUGUGCCAUGCAAACAGAAGAGGACGAUAUGUGUAAGUGUCUAGGAUGCACUUAUGAUGGUGUUUCUCAAUCCAUUCCAUGGGGGGACCAUUUUGGUUCUAGCCUAGCACUAACUCCUCUGAUUCAACAGGGGUUGUAAUUGGGCUAGAAUUCCUAGGGGGU